AUGGCGGAUGACGACGGCGAGGCUGACAAUGGUAAGCAGGGGAAUCACGUCCGAGACCUUGGGCCGCAAUCAGUGAAUGCUCGGUGCACACGGUUUAGUUAUGCCACGGCCAACCGUUUGAGGAACCUGGACGGGAACUUGAAUGAGAAGAAGCAAUGGCCGAUGAAGUCGAUCAUCAUCAAUCAACAACUCGCCUCACCCCUGAGUACCCAGUUUUCAACCGCUGAGGGGUGUCCUUUGUAUCGGAGGUUCCCCGUGAAUGUUUCCAUCGGUAACGAACCGGUAGAGAACGCUUCCCCACAGGCCGCCGCCGACCAGACAGCUAACCGGCUAGCUAUGCUUGCGGAAGUAGCAAGCACAGUGGCUGAUACUACAGAACAUUCAAUACAACGGCCUACACAGCCAACAACCCCAAAAAGUUUAGGUGAUAUCGAGCCUUCACGGGACUGCAAAUUCAACACCAUUGCCGCUGCUGUUGCCACCAGCGCCCCCGACCACGUACCCAUGGAUCUGGAGAUGCCACGAGUGCGAUUCAGAGUAUCCCUUGACAGCCACCCGGCGAUGCUUGCAGAACGAGCCAGAUACCGGGAGACUCGUGUGGAAGCCGCUAUCGAGGUCCGCCAAGAGAAAGGUGGCUCGCGACAAAAGGAGUAUCAAAGUCCUCCCGUCAGCCGGCCCCACGAGGAACAGGGCAGCUUUGAGCACGAAAAGGACCUGGAGAGCGAAACACAAGAGGAGCGGGUUAAGGAGAGGAAGAAGGAUGCGGCAGCCCCCGAACAGUCUCACGGACCGAGAAGGAGCAGGAGGCUUUGGGUGAAAGAGGCCAGGGAGAAGUAG